CCUCACCAUCAUUGUUAUCAUAGAGUCAUGGAUUCUACAAAAAUAUUUUCCUGCUAAGAGUAUUCGUAGUAAUUUUAUACGUGGGUUCAAAAAAUUCUCACCCGCGAAUACACACUCGUGUUUGCUAUCUUAUUAUCACUACGAGUCGUUUCUCUAGUUCGCGUACGAUCUGCGCCGGCUAUCACAGCAUGUUAAGGCGAACGCUUCUCGGGUCCGAAGUUAUUGAAAACGUGUUCAGUAUUUUGACGAAGUUCGAGACGUUGAAUAGUUGUUUUGGAAUUCACACGGAAUACAGUUCAUGUGGUUACGGACGACACAUUACACAUGACGACCAUGGACUUCAGACAUUUUGGUGCUCCAAAGAGAAUUGUCGGGACGACGGGACAACAAAUUAAAAAACGGGACGUUUCUGUAUUAUACGGGAGAUCCGUGUCAAAAAUAUUAUCUUUUAAUCCGAUUUGUGUGUCAUUUAUCUGCGCUUCAUUUAUGAUUUGGCGCCGUUUCAUCAAGUCUGAAAGAAAUUACUUCAAAGUAACUUUUUUUAAUCCUUUGAAGAAAAGCCGCUGCAAAUGCACUAACCCUUAUAACUCGGAAUGUUUGGAUGCCAACUGCUCCGUCAUUAAAACUGCAGAAAUAAUUUGUUGUUUGCAAAAUGCCACAAAAUCAAUAGACAUUUGUGUAUUUACUUUAUCCCAUGAACGAAUUGCCACUGAAAUAAUUGCUGCUCAUAAACGUGGUGUAGUAGUUAGAAUUAUUGUUAGUAAUUGUAUUUUAAUUCAUGGUAAAGAAAUAAAACAACUUCGGAAUAGCGGCAUUGAAUUAAAAUGCCAAAAUAAUGUAAAUAAUAUAGGCUAUAUGCACAAUAAAUUCUGUGUAGUCGACUCUAAAUGGUUAAUUCAUAGCUCAAUGAAUUGGACUCGUCAAGCUACCGUUAGUAAUUGGGAAAGUAUUUUAAUAACAGAUUUAUCGAGUUUAAUCUCCGAGUUUUCCAAUGCUUUUGAAUAUAUAUGGCUAAAUAUAUCUAAUGAUUAAUAUUUAUGUACACUUAAAUUUUUUUUAUUUUAUUGCAUUAAUUUUGUAAAUUGAGAUUAAGUUAAUAACUUGAAUUGACUAUGACUAUGUAUAUUGAUUAAUGGAUA